GUGUUCAAACCUCGCCGGUGAACAUCGUCGCGACGGCGACAGUGGUGACGGAGGAGGCCCUCUUGGGCGACGAGGAGGCUGAAAACUGCGAGGGCGGAAGCGAGAGCACCGAGAAGUCCGCGAACGAGGAGGACGAGGAUGGGGACGUUGACGUGGAGGAGUGCAGCAGCGUCGACGACGGGCCGGUCCACGGGGUGUUGGCCGACGAUCUCGCCGGGGUUAGCACGCCCUCGCGGAAACGCAGCGCGGACGGCGCCUGCAAUACGGACGAGAAGAAGCAACGUCUAAGGACCAGCUGCAACUCCGACGAGCUGCGUGACGUCGAGUGCCAACUCGAGACCAAGGAUCUCUGGGACAAGUUCAACGAACUCGGCACGGAGAUGAUCAUCACGAAGACCGGCCGACGGAUGUUCCCGACGUGCCGAGUAUCCUUCACCGGACUCAAGUCCGAAGGUCGUUACGCAGUGUUGAUGGACAUCGUGCCGGUCGACAACAAGAGGUAUCGAUACGCCUAUCAUCGUAGCUGUUGGCUGGAAGCCGGCAAAGCCGAUCCGCCGGCGCCCGCGCGACUUUACCUCCAUCCCGAUUCACCCUUCACCGGCGAGCAACUACGGAAACAGGUUGUUUCCUUCGAGAAGGUGAAACUGACGAACAACGACAUGGACAAGCACGGCCAG